UGCAUCGAAAGUGUAAACACCGAACGCUAGUGAUACCAGAUAUACUGGUAACGAGUCAUAAUUCGGGAACAGUAGUGGUGUAUAUUAACUUAUAAAGUUACACUGUACGUAUAUUUUAAUUUUAAAAAAUUCGAUAUUUGUAAUUUAUUACAAUUACAGCACAUCUUCUUAAUCAUUUAAACGGUGUUCACUCAAAUUGAGUAGUCUGAAUUAUAUUAUUAAGUUAUACUUUUAUGCCAUCUAGUUUUACUAUUUUACUGACUGGAUUAGAUCCAUCGGUGGCAGCAGAGGAGCGAGCAGUUCAACGAAAUUUGAAAUGACUUCAAUAGGCUUAUUUUCAUCUGAUAAUGAUAGGCCACUAUAUUUUAAUACAUGCUUGAGUAACAAAACGCUAUUAUACUUAUAUUUAUAUAUUAUAUAGAACUUAUAGUAUUGUAUUUGUAUAUAUUAUAUAUUGUGUGGUUUGAUAAUUGAUAUUGAUAAUACCAAUUGAAUCAGUAAAGCUACGGGAUAUCAGAAGUGAGAGUUUGGGUUUAUUAGUUUAUUAAAAAAUAUAAAAAAUAUUAGGGAAGCGUUAUUCACACAGCUCUGUGAAUAACGUUUAGCGUUAUCGGCAGAACGAAAUCUGUGAAUAACGGCGAGCGUUAUCCACACAGCUCUGUGAAUAAUGUUUAGCGUUAUCAGCAGACCGAAAUCUGCGAAUAAUCAUAUAAUGCAUUAGAACUAGACUGGUGAAAAAUUAUUGUUGGGUGUAGGCUGUUAAUAUUACUAUUAGUAUACUGAACCGUCACGAGUUAUUAUCUAAUUUUUUUUCACUAUCAAUUAUAAAAAAGGGCAAAUUUAUUACUAAUAUUAGUAUGGUAAUAUCUGUAUACCGCUAGUAUAAUAGUAAUAGCCUAUUACUAUACUAAAUAUUAUGCAGUAUAAAGUAUAUACACAAUUGUAGUAUAAGUAAUAUACUUAGUUACUUAGCUUAAUCAGUAUACGCAUACAUGGGCGCCCGCAAAUUUUUUGUCUAAAUUUUUUUGGCUAUCCAAUCAAUCUAAGGGGUGGGGGGGGGGCUAGUGCCCCCCACUUGCCCCUAAGUGCAGGCGCCCAUGUACGCAUACGAAUUUAUUAUUGGGUGAUAAUUAAUGGGUCUAUAAUGCAGAGCGUUAUUGUUAGACAGAAAUUAUCCUAUAAGUACGCACAUUUCUAGAUGACAUUCCAAGCUGGGGUGGGGGUGUAGUUUUAAGUAGUGUAGGAGAUUUGGAUCUUUAAAGAAUCUUUAAUGAGUAUGGCACAAGCACAUUUCAUAACCGAAGCUAUGCACAAAUUAAAUUUUAAAAAUUUAAUAGGCCUAACUAUAGCCUAUAAAUUGAAUAUAGGACAAUCAAUUGUGCCUACAUCUGCUCUGUUAGGGGCCAACAUAGGGUCUAAUCGACCUAUAGAGUGUUACUAAUAUAUCCAGUCAAACCUCCUACUCCUAGACAUAACUAAUUUUCUGGUAGGCCUAUUUCAUAUUAAAUAUUAUACCAGUAAUAAAAAUUGUACCGGUACCGGUACUCUUCAUGUAGACUCACUUUCACCCAUUGUAGAGAGGUCUUAAAAUGAUGUCAAAGCGUGAUAGGGUAUCGUUUAGUGUUUUAAAAGCCCUAUGAUAUAUCACCUAGUCUAGAAUUGUUCUGUCAGGAAUAGCCCAUGCAGAGAGGUGGCUGCAUCAGGCAGCCAUGUGAGAGAUGGGGAGGGGCAUAUUGGCCCUACAUUGAUAAUAACAGAAUGUAAUCCUGUUAAAGUUUAAGGCUAUUUUUUCCCCUCAUACUUGAGCGUGUCCCUUAGUCUACCCAUUAGCUGGUCAAAAGUAAAGGUGGCUGGUUAUUGCGCUUGUAUUAAACAUUAAUGCACAACACUGAGAUAUAAAAUAUUUGAAUAAGUAAGUUAUUAAUAAUUAUUUGUUUAUUAGAGAAAAAACAAAUGGAUGUUAAAGUCUAUGAGUGGAAUUAUACAAAGAAAAAUAAACAGUCAAAAGAGCUAAAAGUAUAUCACAAUGUACAGUUAGAACAGCUGUAUCUGACUUAAACAAAAAUGACAUGGUUUAUGCGGCUCAUCUGCAUGUCCAUGUUGUUUACAGUUUUUUAACGAACUGGAAUGAACAUUCUAACAAAAUAGAUUGAAACUUGUAACAUAAGUAACAAAACUAUAUGAAAAUAAUAAUAAAACUAUGUGAACAGAAAAAGAAAGCUAUAGGAAGAAUAUUAUUAUAAUAUAACACUACGAAAUAACCAUUAAAAUAUUAUGUUUUUUUAAAAUUUUCUUUAUAAAAAUGAAGCUUCCCCGACGGGGAAUCGAACCUAUGACUAUGAUACAAUGUCUGCUGGGUGACGGUCGGAGAUACUGACCACUACACUAUCGAGGAGAUGUGUACAUGUGAACUUUGUAUUUUAUAUUCAUUAUUUAAUUUAUCACAUUCUGUGAAUAACGUUUAGCAAAAUAUUAUUGUAGGGUUUGUAACACAAAAUUAGGUAUCAAAUGAAAGAUAAUUGAAUGGACUAUAUUUUUGUAAACUUACUAACUUACUUCUUCAGUUUAACUAAAACUAAAAUAAACUACCACAAAAACAAAUGAUAUCCAAAUCUCAUUUAGUCUUAGUCUAAGUCUAAAGUUAAAGGCAAAGGGACCUGGACACGGAUAGCCGCUAUUCGGACCUGGGUCCCUUUAGACUAAAUGCUACAGCAGGGGUUUUAAACUCGCGGGCCGCAAGACGAUAUUUUGCCGCCCGCUACAUGACAGCAAAGUUUAGUGUUAAUGCGGCCUGCGCGUUUUACCCUUUCUCAUAUCUAUAAUGUGACCCUCCGCGACGGUUUCAUUCGAAUCUCACAGACUAGUCUAAUUCCAAGUUUUUAUUAUGUUUGUAUUGAUUUAUAUUAUAAUGGCAAUGGUAAAAGUAAAAACCAUUGUAAAAAUGGGGCUAAAAGUUUUUAUUUUAUAGUAUUUGAUGAGAAAAACAUGGCCGAAUUGCGGUUUUGAGAAAAGUUUAUGUCAGUUUCAGUUACUGGGUAAUGCACAACCAUUUAUUGUGUAAAUCGUAGCAACCUGAAACACUACACAGUAUCAAAAUCCCUAUUAAAAUUGCUGCUAAUGUUUACGAGUGAGGGAAAUGCCGAGACUUGUCAGCUUGGUCCCUUUAAAAAUAAGGUAAGUCAAAAAAGGCCUUUUCUUCGAUAAAAAAUCAAAAUUCAUUCUUCCUACAAUAGCAUCUUCCAUCACAUCAAUAAUUUAUAAACAUUGCCUGCCCCUGCCUACUGUUUGAACACAUUUUAGCCUUCAAAGCCUUCAUGGAGAAGGAGGGGGUGGCUGUUCCUGUACUAAGUGAUCCCAAAUAGUUCAUGGAUUUGGCUUUUCUUGUUGACAUUACAUAGGAGCUGAAUAUGCUCAACAAGAAGUUACUACACCAGGAGUAGCUUGUCAGUGUUGCCAAUGAUGGUGUCAGGGCAUUCUGCACAAAACUUGUGCUCUGUCCUUAGAGAAACCUCUGCCUUUCCCGACAUGCAAAGUACUCAUGGACUCGGGCACACCUUUCAGUAGUAAGUAUACUGAUGCCAUUGCAAAGCUACAGGAAGAAUUUGAUCACAUGUUUGCAGGCUUCAAAACUGAACGAGCGACUUUUCAACUUUUUGCUGACCAUUUCUCCUUUUCUCCUUCAAUUUGGAGGAUGCAACCCCCUGAUCUUCAGUGCAAUUCUAAGUUCAGGGAUGUGAAUGGAAAAAACAGACAAGCAUGGAUAAUUUAUGAGAGCAUUGCCCUACACCUUCCCUGAGAUUUCCAGAUUGUUUAAGCGGAUCAUGUGCCUUUUUGGGAGUACCUAUCUGUGUGAAAAGCUCUUUUGUCGAUAAACUUUAACAGGUCAAAGUUCAGGGCCAAACUUAUUGAUAAGCAUCUUCAAGUUAUACUGAGGGUCUCAGUUGCUUCCUCACUCAAGUCAAAUGUUGCUCAGCUGUGUAAAAGGAACCGAUGCCAGUCGAUCCCUGGCAACAACGAGUAGGAGGAAAAAAGUGAAGCCUAGUUCUUGAGAACCUUUAAAAUCUUUAUUUGUUAUUAAUAAAGGUUGAGCAGAUUAUAACAGUUGUACUUUAUUGAAUUUGUAAUUGCUUUUUAUGUGGAAUACUUGAUGCGGCCCAGUCUCACUCAGACUCUACCUCCUGCGGCCCCCCAUGAUGAUUUGAGUUUGAGACCCCUGGCCUACAGUGUACAUGUUAGGCUGAUUUGUUUAGCCUUUCUUAGCCUAUCUCUCUCAAUCAAGCAAUAAACUGGAACUCUGUAAUCUGUAUACCAUGGUCAGGGUGCAUAUAAUAGUGUAGUAAUAGAUCAAAUGCCUGGGCCUGAGCAUACAUAUGCCUAUACUAUAGAGGGGCAGGGGCUUAAUAUUCUCCUUUUAUAUUAUCCCAUAUAUUAUUUACCAUAUUAGACUAUAUAUGUAUAUACACACCAUAUUAUAUAUAGGCCUAUUAUAUAUGAGUAUAAAUUAUACAUUUUUUCAAACUUAAAUUUGAAGCUAAAAAAUAUAAUUUUUGGUAAGAAAUUAAUUAACAUAAGGUUUAGAGUUUAAGAUUUUAAGUAAAACUAGUAAUUACCCUACAGCCAUAUCCCUUCCACCAAUUUUGUAAUUAUUCAUAAUAAUUUGUAUUAUUAAGAGUAUGAUUUGAUUUGAUAAAGAUGUUUCAUUAUUAAAUGUACAAAAAAACUAUAUUAUACAAAAAUAGGUCUAUCUUUAUAAUCUAUAGUUACCAGGUAGAUAUUUUUUUUUACAAAUAUCCUUCAUGAUUAAAAAAAAAUACAUUUUAACCCACCUAGUGUCUGGAUGUAAAAAUGUAAUAAAGUAAUUGACCAAAUUUAAACUAGCACCAUUAGCAUAGUUAGUGUCACCCUGUGGUUAAGUUAAGUCAGCUCUUGUUGUCACCAUGGCCCCCUUUCCCUUCCUCAACUUGACAAUUAAAAAUCAUAAUUUCUCCAAAUGCAACAUAGUCACCAUGCUACUUUUGAUAAAUUCACAAAAUUCAUAAAAACAUACUAUAAAAAUCAUAAAAACAACAAAGUAUGUAAUUAAAAAAAAUCUUGAAAAUCAUAUAGCAUUGUACAUUAUUUGGAAAGAGAAGAAAAUUAAAAAUCGUAAUUAUAAAAAUAAUUUAAAAUCAUUAAACUUAUAUAAUAAAUACAUGAAAAUUAAAUACCUUAUACAAAGCCUUGGCUUUCCAAAUGUAGAUCACAACUAGUUCUUUAUAAGUUUCAGUUUUGAAAAACUCAUCUCAAAUGAAGCCACACACAUAUAAAAAUUGUGACAAUUAAAGAUAGGGUUAGUUAAAGAAUCAAUUGGUAAAAAUUCUAGGCCAGCAAACCUCAAACUGAGGCUUAUGAACCAAAUACAGUCUGCCAGGAGUCCAUAACUCUGCCUGGUCAACGUACUGUACCCUGAUAGCAAUGACAUAUGGCUCCGGAUAUUUACCAUCUAUUUAGCCAAACAAAGGCUCAUACUUUCUUCUUAAAAUGCUCCUAACACUGUGCUGAUUAAAAUUGUUCUUCAUUUUGGUAAGUUUUUUUCCCUGUAUUUUUCUUUGCACUUUAAAUUAGAUUUGUACAGUUUGCAUAGGGUUAGUUAGUUCUUUUGUUCAAACUAUAGUCAUGUCCAAAAAAGUCUGGGACAGUGAACCAGCUCUCAAAUGUGUAAAGGGCAGUCUGAGUAAACCAACCCCCUGAUUAUAAAGUUUGAGAAGUUCUAGGCAGUCCCAUGCAGCUAUAAAUCCCAAAAUGUCAAAUUUUGACCAGUUUUUCUCUCCAUGUUCUGUCACUUACUGUCAAAUUUUGACCAGUUUUUCUCUCAAUGGUCUGUCACUUACUGUCAAAUUUUGACCAGUUUUUCUCUCCAUGUUCUGUCACUUACUGUCAAGUUUUGACCAGUUUUUCUCUCCAUGGUCUGUCACUUACUGUCAAAUUUUGACCAGUUUUUCUCUCCAUGUUCCGUCACUUACUGUCAAAUUUUGACCAGUUUUUCUCUCCAUGUUCCGUCACUUACUGUCAAAUUUUGACCAGUUUUUCUCUCCAUGUUCUGCCACUUACUUUUUCAGACUCAUUAUAGAAAGUUGUCAAUUUUGGAAUUGAUAACAGUAAUUUUCUUCAGUGGUUUUUAUAGUAGACUCUUUGCUUGAACAUAACCUCAAAUAUAUAUGCUACUUCCUUGAUGGGUCUGAACUAGAUACAUCAAUACACUUAGCUAAUGUCCUCUAAUUUUCUUUUCGCGUCUCUUGAUUGCUUUCCUUCUAUUCUCUUUUUGAACCUUUAAUACUCUCUGUAGGAGAUAUGUUCUAUUUGAUUGAGCUUCUCAUGGUCAAAAGUAAAGGGAGCAGAGCAGCGGUUCUCAACCUUUCUAAUGCCGGGACCCUUUAAUACAGUUCCUCAUGUUGUAACGACCCCAAAACACAAAAUUAUUUUUGUUGAUACUUCAUAACUGUAGAGUAUAUGUAUUUUCAGAUGGUCUUAGGCGACCCCUGUGAAAGGGUCGUGCGACCCCCAAAGGGGUCGCGACCCACAGGUUGAGAACCGCUGGAGUAGAGGAAUGUAACAGACCUGAUUUUUGUGUAAACUGUAUGAUUUUUGAGAUGCUUUUUACGAUAGUAUGUUGAUACCUACUAUCAGAACUACUAUUUUAAAAGACCAGGUUGAAAAAUGUAUUCUGGUAGUUUUUAUCAUUUAUAUUAUGUAAUCACUGAAGGGGGAGAGAGUGGGGGUUUGUGUUGACUAAGGAGUGUAGGGUAUGCAUGGGGAGGAAGGGUUAGGUGUCUAAAUAUAUUAAAUGGCUAUAAAAUAAGACUAGCACUUUUUGUAAUGAUGGUGACGAUCGUCAAGUUGUUGCUUUGUGUUUUCAAAAAGUGGAGAAAACUGCAGAUUUCUUCAUUUUUAUUAAUUAUUAAUGCACUCUCAAAUUCUCCACAUUGCACCGUUAGAUUUGACGUAUUUGAUAAGAUCUAGUAAGCAGCAUUUGCAACCUAUUUUUAAAAGACACUAAACAGCUGUACAAUUUUAAUACCUCAAUUUUCAAAACAGCCAAUUUUGCACAUUGCUUUAUGUUGACUUCUGUUAAUUACUUUUUCUUCAUUGUUUUUUUUAACAGAAUCAAUUUACCUUUUUUGUCAAUUAAUCAUCUCAACUCUAAAUCUAUAUGCAAUUAAUAUAUGUAAUAGUACCGAAUUAUUUCAGUGUCUGAAACCUGUUCUAAGUCCUCCCUUUAUUUCAGUUCAUAUGGUCAUCAAUUAAUUAACCAUGCAAAUAAACUGAAACAGAAGAAUAAUGAAGAACUGUUUCUUUAAUUUAAUUGUGUUAUCUUACUCUUAGUAACAAUUAUUAUUUCUCUGUCUGGUUUUGUGUGAAUACUAAAUAUUUAUCACUUUACUUCAGGUCAAGCCUACAAAUGACUCUUGAUAAUCAAUGGCUGAACCUUGAAGUGCUCGGAGAACCCAUUAGUACUUGGUGUCAAAAGAUAGAUGGCAACAAAAAGAGGGCUUUCUGUUCAUAUUGUAAAUAUAGCUUAUCCCACAAAUUGAGUUUUUUACGUCGUCAUGCUAAAAGUAGACGACAUUUGAAGCAGGUAGCUAGGGUGCAUUACAAGCAUGAAGGUAAGAAUUCAUUUGCAAAAUUACAUCUCUCUUUUUUCUUUCCUUUCUGGGUUUAUUGUGCUUGUGUAAGACUUUAACUAGAGUUUUUACACACAAAAAAAAAGGGAAAUUUUGGUAUUUAAUCCAACAUAACAGACUUAUAUACUACUGACUGUUGGAGCAAUGUUAUACAAUCACUUAAGGAGAGUUUAGAUCAAUAUGCUAAUUCAAAUUGGGAGAUGCUGAAAAGCUGAACUCUUAGCAACCUGUGUACAUAAUAGGUUAAUAAAAUCAAUAUUCUGUUAUAUAUCUGUAUAUAAACGUUUCCAGGCUUGUGCAUUAGUAUGUAGAUUUAAGCCAACACACACACCCCCCAAGCGUGCAAACCCCCUACAGAUUUUUUUCUUGCCAGGUCUGCACUUCCUUCCACUAAGACCUAACUGAUGCUUCUCUUUUCCAUGCUUGGAUUGCCAGCUGCUGUAGAUCUUUUUUCUACAUUGACUCUCCAUCUCAGCUUAGGUCUGCCUUUGGGCCGUUUUCCUCUGGGGUUUUGGUGGUGCACCCUCUUCACUUUUCUGUCAGCCUGCCCUUUUUUAUUUCUGCUACUAGCAUUGGGUCCUGGUAUAGUCCAUACAAAUCCUGGUUGGUUUGCAUUAUCCAUCCAUAGUCAUCUUUUUUUUGGUCCGUAUAUUUUCAGGAGAACUUUUCUAAUUUGUUUAAUAUGUUUUUGUUAGGGUCCAAGUUUUAUUGGCAUAUGUUUCUACUGCUCUGAUUGCAUUUUAAAAAAAAAUAGAUAUCUUUGUUUUUCCUGUAAUGUUUUCACUUCUUUGAAUAUUUUGUGACUACUAAAGUAUGCCCUGUCUCAGGCCCAUAUUCUUUCUUUUAUUUCUUUUUAUAAGUCAUUUCUUUCAUCUAUUAAGAAUCCUAGAUUUAAUAAAUUAGCCUUUUCUUAAGUGUGGUUUCUAGUUUAAUGGUUUUAUUUGUUUGUUCUUCUUUAAGUAUUUUCUUUUUUUGUUUGCUAACUUCCAGCACUGAUGUGUCUUCUAAUUUAAUAAAAUUUAAAAAAAAUUUGGUAUGUCAUUGUGACUUUUCCCCAACAGUGCUAUGUCAUCUGCUGUCAUGGGCAUAUCAGUGUUUUUUUAUGUCUGGGUUGAUAAUUUUAACAGUGAGAAAUGAUGUUUUUCCUUUGGAACUUUCCCACAUAUCGCACCUCGUUUACUAAGUCAUGAAUGCACUAUGACACAUUUCCUGUGGUGCCAUAUGUUGGCUAGAAGAAUUGUUAUGGACAUCAAGACUCUUUUGUUUUAAAGCAAUGAGUGAUUGGCUUGUUAAGCUGCAUGCAGGAAUUUCCAUUUUUUCAAAUGUGAACACUAUUGUUACUAGUUUCUUUAUUGUGUAUUGUGUCUUAACACAUCACAUAAACUAUUAUAUAAUACCUUUAUUUCAAACCAUCUUGCCAAGUUAUUUGAAGCGAGAAAGAAAACGGAAAAUGAGACUGUGAUCUGAUAGUGUGUUUCUGUGGCCGUUUAGAGAGGGACCUACCCCUAGACGACAUUUCACCACAUCAGCACACUGGAGGGGUUGGUUUAAGAGUGCCUAUUGGUCUUGGGUUUCCUUCAGAAAGUAUCAUGUUAUUGUUCUUUGGGUGUCAAUAUGUAUUCUUCUUAUAACUCUCUCUAAAAUAGUAUACAAGACAGUGAGCCUCCUUUUCUUAGUCUUGUCUCUCCUUGUCUUAAUCUGAAAUUCUCUUGAAUAUUCACCCUAAAACUUUAUUUUGCUUUUUGAUUUGUUUAAUGUUAUAUGUAUCAGUCAGUCUUGUACAUUAUUCGACUAUGCAUGAGUCUCAUAUAGAUAUUUCCUUUUGAUGCUAUUUUGUGGUCCACAUAGAGUUGUUGCACUGGGAUAUUAUAUGUUUUAAAUAAUGUUAUGUAAUUUUUAAAACAUUGAAACUAAACUGCCAAAAUAUUUAUAUCAAAAUAGUUUUAGCCCACCAUGAAAAUGUUUAAGUAUAAAUAAUAAUGUUAAAAUUUGAAUAGUUCUAUCUGAUCAAAUGAGAAAAUUUAUAAUUUCAGCUAACUUCAAACGCCCUGUUAAGUUGAAUGGUACGACAUCCGCUGUCUUACAAUCUGCAAUGAAUUGCUCUGUUAGUCUUUCACCGCUGACUUUUGAUGUUCUCUCUCAUGUAAGUUUCAAUUUCACAUCUCUCUAAAUUUUACGUUAUCCAACUUAAGUCAUAAGUUGUAAUUAAUAUUAUCUGAACAAAUAAGAGAAAAAUAUUUUAUCCAUUGCUUUAAAUUUAAAAGUGAACUUUUCAUGGGCUGCAUGUCAUCACACCUUAUAAAUUAAACACCCAAAAAUGCUGCAUAUAAUUAUUUAUGUAUUCUUAAAGCACAUAAUGAAAUGCAAAACAACUGAACAAAAUAUUACAACUGAUGUGAUUUUUUAAAUAUUUUUUACCUGCUUUUUUAAAAAUGACAUCUAAUAUGUAGGUAAAUUAAAUGAAGAAAGAAGUUUGUUCAUGAAAUUUAACAUGAGGGGCCACAUGUGGGCUUUAGGUUUACCAUGCCUGCUUUAAAAUUUGAAGAAAAAAACUGAUUACACCAAAUAUAACAUGUGCUGAACUAUAAAUAUUUUAAAUGCUACUCAUAUAAUUAUAUGAUUUUAUAACUUCUCUGACAGAAUGUUAGUGAACAGAGCCAGCCAUUUUUGUCCACAGUUUUCAGUAAAUCUUGGAAGAGGCAAGGUGGGAGAAUUUUCCUAAAAUUUAUUUUAUAUCCUAUUUCACACAUUUGAUUUGAUCUUGUUUUGAGAAUUAUACAGUAUUUCAGUGUAUGUAAUACGGGUACAAAAUAAAAUUUUUUACAUCCAUAAAUUAUUAAUUUAAUCAUUGUUACAUUUGUUGUGUUUUUUUUUCCUUCUUAUUCUUGAAAUCAGUCUUAAACUGAAUAGAUUUGAUCCUUGUGUUUAUAAACCCCUCACUUCAUUUAUUUUAAGUCAAAAGUCUGCUUCAUUUAACUCUAAAUAGGACGAAAUCUUUCCAAAGAUUUUUCAGUCCAGUCAUAAAUAACUUAAAAAUAUGUAAUAUUUUGCUGCACAUAUGUGAGGGGCGAAGCAGUGCACAUUUUUGGAGCUGCGCAUUUUUAAUGUGGUUUUCUCUACUAAACUUGAGUUUACAUAAUUUAAAAAAAAUUUGGGUGGGGUGAAUUCUCAUAUGUACAUACACAUUUGGGGGCUUCUGGGUUAUCCAAAAAAGUAUGGUAGUAAGAGGGGCCAAUAAAUAUAGGACAGUUAACCAAGCCAUCAAAAAAGUUAUGAGAAGGGCAAAGAAGAACUGUUGGAUUGAAGAGCAAUGCUAUGACAUUGAAAACUGCUUGAAGAAAAACAAUAGCAAAAAGACAUACCAGUUGGUGAAAGAACUAACCACUGCAAAACUAGGGCGUAGUACUACCAUACAAGACAAAAAUGGUAAAUGUUUGACGGAGGAAAAUGAUAUCCUAAAACGAUGGACUGAAUACUGCUCAGAACUGUAUAAUGAAAAUAUAAAGAUAGACCCAGAGAUCCUUAAUGUCCCCCUAGCAACGGACUAUGAAAACUACCCUAUUCUCCGUGCAAAAGUGGAACAAGCAGUCCAAGCACUCCAAAUAGGAAAGACCGCAGGAGUAGAUAAUAUCCCUGCUGAGUUAGUGAAACAAGGAGGGGAAGCAAUGAUAAGUCCCCUAAUCAAUAUUUGUAACAAAUUAUGGCUGGCAGGGGAUUGGCCCAAAUCAUGGACCCAAUCGCUCACCACCUCCCCAAGAAACGUAACCUACAGCUAUGCCUAAACUAUCUCACCAUUAGGCUAAUAAGCCACCCAAGCAAGGAUGCUGAGAGUCAUAUUGAACCGACUAAGACCGACAGAAUCAUUGCUGAAGAAAAGGCGGGCUUCAGGCAAGGACGUGGCAUUACUGAGCAAAUCCUGAACCUCCAAAUACUAUUUGAGAAAUAUGCUCAACAUCAACAAAAACUAUACCACGUCUUUGUGGAUUUCAAGAAGGCGUUCAACAGGGUUUGGCAUGCUGCUUUAUGGGCCACCAUGAAGCACUACAACAUCAACACAUACAAAGCCAGAAUGAUAUGCAGCCUCUAUGAUAAGGCAACCAGUGCAGUCUUCUUCAACAAUAACAUCAGAGAUUGGUUCAAGACCACGGUUGGAGUAUGACAAGGCUGCUUGCUCUCUACCUUCCUGUUCAAUAUCUUCUGUGUGUUGGGAAGUUUUCCCUGUUUCGUCACAUAGUGCUUAUGUCACAUAGAGCUUAUGUCACAUAAUAAUAAUAAUACUUUUUAAAAAUCACGCUUCAUCGCUAAAGGCUCAAAGCGCGGUACAAAGUCAGCCAUAUCAAAAGAGAAAUGAAACAAUCUAAAUUUUACCACAUAAAAAGACAAAACGGAGCACUACAAAAUCUCCAAACGCCCUCACCCAUUCAAAGUCUUUCAUCCCUUUCAACUAUAACAACACAAGUCAAUAUACAUCUAGGAGAUAAUAGCUAGCUGUAAAAAAUGGUAGACAACUUCACCCCAGCAGAUGUUUGUGAAAUAGAUGUGUUUUCAAAUCGGUUUAAGUGCUUAUGUCACAUAGUGCUUAUGUCAUCUGUUUGAAUAUCCAAUAAUCCUUGAUUUUUAUUUCAUUAAUACUUAUGAAAAAUGUAUUUGUGUCAACUAUUUAAUCUUCGUGUGAAACAACAAUCUUAAAAGGUCAAAAUGAGUAUCCUCACUAAACUGUUUGAAAACGAUACUCUGCUGGAUGGAAGGGAUAUGGGCAUACAGUUAUAGAAUUGUGUGGUGACCAACUACAUCACCCUUUGAAGCCUAAAUACAUCUCUAUUUCAGGAGCCAAUAUUUUCCCCCAUUUUCUUAAAAUAACCUCUCUGUGGGCCCUAAGCCCCUUGUUGUUUAUGCCCCAGGUUUGGAAACACUGCUGUACCAUGCACCCUGCUAUACUAGACACCCAUAUACUGUCCAUAAAGUGCUUAUUUUUAAUAACAUAAGCUGUGUUCAGAUAUGUUUAAGGUGUGUUUAGAUAUGAAUCUGGUGUACUCAGAAAUGUAUGUUAGGGUGCAUGGAGUGUGAAAACUGACAUUUUUGUGUGUAAUACAAAGGAUUGCUCCUUUUUUCAUAUUUUCUUAUGAUAACUAUAAAAAAAUAAUUAGAUUAUUACAAUAAUAGCAUUACAAAUUUGUUUUGUUUUUUCCAUUUUCAGCCCCAAGCUUUUUACAACCACCAAGCUGUUUUAUAGAUGUUUACAUUUGCUUUUUCUGCUCAAGAGAGUUCAAAUCCAGAAAAGUACUCCACUCACAUCAGUUAGUGUGUGACAAACCCAAGCCACCAAAUUCACCUUCUGUGAGACAGCAGCCUUGCACAACACCCAUAAAACAAAGCAUUCCGUUUCAUUAUGUCAAGGAAUCCAAGAAGAACUUUAUGUCUUCCUUGGGUCUCCUUCCCACAAAGAGCGCAUUGGGCAUUGAGAGACCUCGUAGAAACACAGAGUGUGAAAACAUAGAUUUGGAAGAGGUCAUCCCUCAAACACCAACCAUCACUUGGUCUCCAAAAUGUCUUCUGUCCCAUCUGAGCCGGGAUGCAGGUGAAAAUGCAAGUCCAAAAGCACAAACUGUGUGCCGGACGCUGUCAUGGAACUCUCAGAAAACCAAAGAGGAUGACAAGGGGCAAGCGGUGGUAAAGUCAAGGAUGAAUCUGUCUGGCCCCAAAUCCCUUUACAACAUUGACCUUACAUCUCCAUUGGGUCUGCUCACUCGAAAGCAUGUUAAAGGUGACCCCAGCCUCCACAUAUUGUCGGACGUUGAGAGCCACUGUCAGACUUUGUUGCAGAAAAAGGAUUUAACAAGUUUCAAACUGCGGGACAGGCCUCUUCGAUAUCCUGUGACAUUUCGCAGCAAGCGGUGGGUCUCCUACAUUCAUGAGUACAAGUUUACUAAAAGGCAGAUAAAGGAAUUCAUGCGACAAGUGAACACAGGGCUCGACAAGAAAAGUAGGAUGUUGUUGAAGCAAAUGAAACCAUUCAAAGUGAAGCUGACGCGCUUAACUAAAGCUGAUCUUAAACUGUGGACAGCCUCUCAAAAUCAACUCACUGUAAACUUAAAACCAUUAACAAGUGAAGAGAUUGCCUUCUGGACUAGGACUAAAGCCCCAUCCAGCUCAAGCAGCCCAACCAUUUUCCCCAGUGGUCUUUCAUUUUCAUCACCUAAUGUAAGCCACGUACUUGGGUUGCGCACACGCGAGAAUGCUGCAUUCUUAAAGUAUACCAGAUUGUCCAUGUCUAAUUAUGUUUCUGAAGAAACACUGGCUGAACUGACCACCAACCGCAGGACUGUGUAUCAAAGUCUGUUGUCAGACACCAGCUGUAGUGAGAGUGAGUCAGAAAGGGAAAACUUGCUAACUGAGAAGUCCCAGCCUUGUACACCCAUUCUCCGAAGAACAUUGUCUUCUUCAUGCAACAGCUCACCUCGCAAGGUGAGCUUUCUUCCUGACAUAACCAACUUAAAGGUGGACUAUGAUUUAUCGCCACUACAAGAAAAGACUAAAACAGAACAUAGUAGUGUUGGCGAAGUACAACCCUUUAGUCAGCCAACAGGAGCUGAACAGUUUUUUUGUCCAUCCAGCAGUCCAUCGUCCAACUCAGGGUCUUCUAGCGCAGCAAGUCCUUUACUUAACAGUACCAGGAGAGUAUUUUAUCAGUCAGGCCUCUACCAUGUUUGCGUGCGUGAGGCAAAUGAAGGGAAAAAAAUAGUGGAAAAAAUUACUAGCCCAAUCAGGCGCAAUGUAAAUUGUAUGAAUACUAAAACUGAUAAGGAUACAGCUUUCAAAAAAAAGGAGAGUAUUUUUUAUUCUUCCGGCUUAAAUUCUUUAAAGUAUGACUUUGGGGCCAUGGAAUCGCAACAAAAAACUUUGAAAAAACAGAAGGCGAUGUCAGGUGGUAAGGUCAUAAAAAGGGGUAGGUCUCGCAUUCAUAAUUUACAAAUGGAUCUUAAAACUCAGAAGAAAGCAAAGUUUCCUGAAAGUGCUGUGAAUAAAGCAAAACUUUCUUGUAGAGAUUCGGACCCAUCAGGUUUGGGCGAAACUUGUAUUCCUGGCUUAACUUUUUCUAGGAAAGUAAUCUGUGUUGAGCCCAAAAUGUACUGUCCUUCAAUUGAUAAUGCAGCAUCAUUGCCUGUUAUACCUCUGGUUAUAUUAACCAGAAAUUGGCAGGCUGUUAACUCAGGAAAAAAAGUAGAAAAUGACGAGGAUCAGGAUAGACAGUAUCUUUUCAACGUAAACAGCUCAAAGAAUGCCUUUCAGAAUAAGGCUAUCCUGCAUUGCAAGCGUGCCAAACGAGGUUUAUUCCAAAAUCAUUCUGAAGCUCCAACAGCAAGCUUACGAAAGCCAUUGCAGAGAUCAGUUACAUGUAAAAAAGUAUGUAAUUGCUUCUUACAAAGUUAGCAAAAGUUGUUUGUGAUAUUAGAAAAUAUUAACUAUACUUUAAUCCAGCAAUGAUACAUUUUAAUUUUUUUAAAACUUUAAACCAGAUCAUCAUCUGUG